CCCAGUUACCGCUCGGUCCUCGCUUCGCUGUAGCGCCGCGUCUCGCUCGGAUCCGCAAGUUCCGUAACCCAGCUCCAACUCGCCACGCUCGGCCCCAACCCCAACCCGCUACGCCCUCUUCCCCAGCGCGACCCCGAGAACCCCCGAGCCCCCAUGAAAAGCUAGUCCAAAAUGGCCAUCCCCUUAGAUUGCCAUUUGAAUUUACCGCUCCGCCAGUUGACUUCCAGUUGCUUCGAGCCCCACUGACUCAGCCCCCGCGAAAAAUCAAUCCCCCCAACCUGCACCGCUUUAGUGUUUGCCAUGGAUAGCCCGCCGUGCGAGAGGAUCCCAUCCCUGGACUCGGCAGCAGAGGUUCUUAGCCGGGACUUCCUGCUAUAGCCUACCACCAAUAUGACUUGGAAUGGCUAGAGAGGACUUGCGAGGACGUCGGCCUUUUAAGAUUUGGGAUUGCUUGAGAAACGUCAGAAAGAGCUUGGUCGUCAACACGCUAAAAGAUUUAGAAAUCCGAGGUAAAGAAAAACUAGGCGUUCCUGCAAAUGAGGCAGUGCGGUUAGUGCUCGAAGCCGACGGAACUCAGGUUGAGGAUGGAGAGUAUUUCAGAACACUGCCAGACAAUACUGUCAUCCUGUUCCUCCGAGCGGGUGAACGUUGGCAUCCCACAGGAGCGGAUGUCAUUCGCACAGCAAUUUCGGCGAUACCGAAGAUCGUGUGCGAGACGAUUCACGCGCUAGAGCUGGACCAUGAGACUCCGUCGUGGAAGAUAAUGGACAACAAGGGGCGAGUGACGGUGGUGCUGCACUGGGACCAGAGGCCGGGGCAGUCGAGCCACGGGACGGCGGCCUCGAGCGCGGCCGGGACGCCGAAGAAGCAGUCGUCGCUGGUGGUGCAGUCCAGCCUGGACGGGGGCGGGAGCCUCAACGGCGGCGCCCCCUCCCGCUUCACGCCGAGCCCCCAGAUCACGGUGAUCAACCACGAUGAGAUCCAGAGCGGCUCCUCGGUCUACCACCCGCACCCGCGGCUCAUCAAACAGGGUAGCUCCCUCGAGAGCACUAGCAUACACAUCCACACACCAGAGUGUUCAAACCACAUGCACCAGCCGACCGCCUCCAGGAGCGGGAGCCCCAGCAACCAGAACGGGGAGUGCGACUUCCACUGCUGCGCCCUCCACGAGGAGGGGCGCAAGAUCGCCGUCCACAAGUCCGUGGCCACCUCCCCCAUCCAGGACUCCCUCUCGGCAUCGCCGCAGCACCCCUCCUCCAUGGCCGACGGCACCCGCAAGCCUGGCCCUGCCAAGGGACACGUCCGUUUUUUAGACAUUGAAGGGUGCGGAGCCCGCGGCGGGGGCGGGGGCGGCGGAGCGCACGAGCACGAGAGCUCCGAGUCGGAGACGGAGACGACCGUGAUGGAGGACGAGGUCGGGACGAGCGAGAAGUUCCUGCUGCUCAUUGACCAGCUCUCGGUGGAGCAGAGCCGGCACCUGACAAUCAAAGACAUCGGCAUCAUCCUCGAGCGGCUCAACAGCAAGAUCGUCGACGUGGAGCGCCUCGACCGGGAGUCCGAGUCCGAGGAGACCCACAACUGGACCAUCAAGGCCACCAUCCGCGGCGAGGUCCUCCGCGAGCUCGGCGUCAUCUACAACGGCAACUACUACGCCAUCUCCGAGCACCCCGGCUACCGGGAGGAGUCCGAGGAGGCCAAGGAGGAGCUCGAGGAGGAAGAGGAGGAGGAGAACGAGGAGGACAGGAUCUGAGGAUCCCCGUAUUUCCACCCCGUCAUGUCUUGCGAGAACCCUUUUCGUUUUACGUGAGGAUCCCUCUGGACUUCGAGCACACUGGAAAAAUGAAUUCUUCUCGAAAAUGAUCAAUUUGUUGGAGAUUUUUCAAAAUUUCAGUCUGAGACAUGAUUUUGUAUCAGUAAAUAGAUAGAUUUUACUUACAAAUUGAUUCCUCUAAAAAAAAAUCCAAAAGAUUUCUCUCGAUCAUUGUGUAGACUUUCAUCAAAAAGCCAAAGACUCUCUUCGAAAAUCAUACGGAUUUUCCUUAAAAAUCAAAAAUAGUGUUUUUCAAAAAAUCGAAUAGAUUCCUCGUGAAGACGUAUGAUUUUUUUCCAGGUUCAAAUCGAUUUCUCUCAAGACGUCAAUUGAAUUCUUUUCGAAAAUUCGACUGAUCUACUACGA